UAAAUACGUACGUACAAAAAGAAGUACUGUUAUGUCAGCAAUUUCAUUUACCCAUGUUCUGUAUGCUUUCUGUUCGAUGCAAAAAAGUCAAUUCGACGACAGAGACGAACGUGUGAAGAAAACGUAAAAAAUAGACAUCAGCAGGCGACUGAAAUGGUGUUAGUGAAGUGACUUCAAUACAAACGGCAAACGAUAUUGUUGUUGGUGUCGCUAUUUCGUCUCUUUCGUGAUUCCAUUUGGAAUGUGAUGUUUUGUAAACAAUAACUCAUACUUGCACACAUACACAUUCCAUUCCGUUUGCAUCGAUAGCAAAAGUGGUGUAAGGAUUGACGGCUGUUUGAUGACGCAUAACUCAAGCAAGAGCAUACAUGUCUUGCAUUUCGAUCAACAGUCUCAUUUUCAUUCGUCAGCCGAACAGAUCCAAGUCGUGGCAGUGUGAAAUACGGGGGAAUCUCGGAGAAAAUUCAAAGAAUAUCCAAAGAUACAGCCGAAAAAUAUGGAAAACUGGAGACAAACUACCGACAAUUGGCGACUAAGAAAUGGUGAAUCUGAAGGUUUUCGAAUGCCAUUAUCACCCAGCGAUGAUACCAGAACGAACACCAAUUGGAACGGCAAAUUUGGAAACAACAACAAUUUCGUUUAUCACAAAACUCACCUGGAACCUGUUCUGUGGAAGAAAGAGACAACCCAUGAAGACUCGUUAUAUGUCGACCCUUAUGCGAGCAUUCAAUUCGAUUACCAAAAUGAUGUGCAACAAUGGAAACACCACUUGAACGAUCUCAAUUCACCAGAAACGGCACGUCUAUCGGAAAAGAAUAAUAAUAUCGCCGAUCGGCUGAUGGAGUGUGGACACGCCGAAUUCCAUAGCCAUAAUUGGAACGAUGCAUUAAAUUCGUACAGUCAAGCGCUAUGUUUCGCUGAACGAGGUACAAUGUACGAGGGUUUGGCCUAUGGCAAUCGUGCACUUUGCUUCUUCCAAUUGGGAAUGUAUCGCAAUGCCGUGAUUGACUUUGAUUUCGCCGCAAAAAAACGUUGUCCUGAACCAUUUUUGGUCGAUGUGCAGAGCACACGAGCUGAAUGUCAGAAGAUGGCAAAGAAACACACUGAGCCGAAGGUUCGUGUGCCAAAAUUGCGAGUAUCAACUGACAAGAAAUUCCCCUGCAUGGCAAGCAGCCUGGAAAUCAAACGAAACAAGGAUUUUGGUCGAUGUGUCUUCGCAAAGCGUGACAUUGAAAUUGGUCAAACGGUGUUGGUGGCCGAGAGUUUUGCAUCAGCAAUCACAACCGAGAAGCAAGUGUACUGUUUGACGUGCCAAAAGAUGGAGAUGAAUUUCAUACCAUGCAAAAAUUGCUCCGACGUUAUGUUCUGCGACGAAGACUGCGUCAACUAUGAAAAUUUGCACAAAAUGGAGUGUCAGACAUGCUAUCAUCAGAUCAACGAUGUCAGCCUGAAGUUUGUCGUUCAAACGAUUUUGGUGGCAAUCGAUAUGUUCCCGAACAUCGAAAGUCUAAUUGCAUUCGUCGAUGAGGUGACAAGCGACAAAGGCUGUGACAAGAUACCAAAGACAUCAUGUGAUGCUCCAUCGAAAUAUGGCAUUUUCCUCAAAUUGACGCCAACAUUCAAGGAUGAAUACCUGUUUCGUGCAUAUCAAGCAUUCACGUACAUCAAUCUCAUACCGAAAGUCAAGUACUUAUUCGAUACAGAGGCAAAGCAACGUUUUUUGAUGCACUUGGUGCUGCAUCACACAAUCGUCAUUCCAAAAAAUGCAUUCUUCGAUGUGGCCCAGUUCACCGAUCAAUUCACUGUUAAGUAUAUUUUUGACGUCCUGUCUAUUGUGAAUCAUUCGUGUGCUCCGAAUCUGCACUUUGCAACCAGCGGAAAGCUUGGCUACUGCAUAGCUGUGCGCCCAAUCAAAAAAGGUGAUCAGGUUUUCAUCAAUUAUUUGGGAGAUGACGUCCACAAAUUGCCCGAAGAACGACAGAAAUUGCUCAAGGACAAUUGGGGAUUCGAGUGUCAGUGCGAUAAAUGCGUAAUCAUCGAAUAUUCACCCGAAUAUGAAGUCAUGAAAAUGGAUCCAUCGCUCAAAUACGUGAUUCGCAACUUCGAAAACAACCAAAUCACACCGGACAACACGAAACGUAUGCAGCUCAAGAAGCAAUGCAUCAAGUUUCUGAAGAAAUACGGCCAUCUGCCAUGGUCAACCGAUUUGGCGUUCGUGAUCAAUUGUUUCACAUCACUUUAAGCUAACAAGAUGUUUUGAGCAUUUUUUAUAUUCAUAUCAUCGUUUUUUUACUCAUAAGUUCAUAUUAUUGUCAUAUGUAGAACCAGGUUUUUUUUUACCCUGGCGUAUCGCAAAACACAGAACGUUUUUAAAAGAAAUUUUCAAUCAUUACUGAACAACAUUAUAAUAUUAUUGUCAUAGCAAGUAUUUGUUAGUCUCAUAUUCGUUUCUAUUUAAAGAUUUGUUUUUACAUAAAAAUACAUCCGAAAUAAAACAACACUGAUCAAAACAUGAAAACAUCACCAUCGGUGUAUAUCAGAAUUUUUCGCAAUAAAAAGAGAAAAAAAAUUGGUACAAGACAUUA